AUGGCACAGUGCACGCAGAGCGCUUUUGAGUUUAUACAAAGCGCUUUUUGCCCUAUGGUUGCCGUUAUGUGCAGUGAAGAUGCCGAGAAAGUCUCUCAGAAGAACAACUUGAGUUUUGUGGAAAUGGUCCGUCCAUUCUGCCAUCUUACAAGUGAAGGUAAUAAAAUAAGGAUAAUUAUAUGCUCUACCUUAACAGAUUACCGUUCGACUUAACUAUUACAAAUGUAUGAGAUUGAUUUUAUUACAAAUUUUUCAGUUUAGAUUAUACAGGAUUGUGGUAGGCGGGUGUACAUUUACGUAGCGUAGACGGAAGCAAUUUAAAUAUGGAGAGUUACACUGUAAAAGUUCUAUUGAUCAGAAACAAGAAAAAUAUUCUUAUUUUAAUGAUUAACCAACAAUUUUUUGACAGUUAGAGAGUGAUUUGAUGGAGUAAUUAAAUCGCUUGUUAAACGUACAACUAAAUACGAACUAAACAUCUGUUUGAUCUGUCAAUUAAAACAAAACUGCACAACAAGUAAAACCGAUAAGAAUCUCGGCUUUUUUUUUUGGGCAAAAUUUCCGCACAGCCCCGUACCACAUUAUGUAUUCAGUUCUUGAAUAGAGAAAACAAUGACCAAAACAAUACAUUGCCAUUGGGAAAACAGAUUUGUUAUACAAUAGUAUGGGGCUGUGCGGAAACUUUACCGCAAAAACAAUUUCCUUCAGAAAAAAAUUGUGCAAGAUAAAAAUUUGGGAAAAUUUAUGACCCCUAGUCAAAUGAAAACAUGGCAAGAGAGGCAGUUAUCCAAAAGAGUUGGCUCAGUGUGAUUACAUUUGAACUAAAUGCAGUGAUGUUGUCCUCUAUGUUUUUCAUCUUUGCUGCACAGGCUGUCAUGAGUGCCAUGUACAUUCAAAAUAGAGAUUUUCCAGUACAUUAUUGGCAAGAGCCAAAUAUCUUCUCCUCUGGCCUGACCCCACUCAGUUUAUUAGUAUUUUAAGCCUUUAAGUCCCAAGACCCAAAUAGUAUUUCUCCCUUCUGACUGCUAGACAGUCCCUUGUAAAUUACACAGGGGAAUUUGGCUCCAUAACAACAUACCACUCUUUUGCUGAUAAGCUUUUCUAUUCUCCUUACCUGUAUGUUAUGUAACAUUUGAAUUGUAAGGAGAAGUUACAAGUCAAUCACCUUUGGGCUUGAAACGGUUGACAAAUGGCUGCUGCUCUUUCUCUUUUUUUUUGUUUUGCUUUCUUCUUGCAUUGGCAUCUUGUGGGACCUUGUGGAAGGCUUUACAGCUUUUUACAGGUCCUCUCAGGCAUUUGUAUAUGGGCAUUACACAUGUAAUGUUUUUCGUUUAAUCUAGGACACGUAUGCCAGAUAUUAGUAUUAAUUGAUUAUUAAAUAUUUUAAUAGUGGAUUAGUGGUAUGUUGAUUCCCAAAGGUGAACAAAUUAAUUUAAUCACAGAUUAGUGAUAAUCAUGUAUUACCUGAUGUUUUUUACAUUUAGCUCAUAUGAGAGAUCCUUCUGGUGUGAUCCAUCCAGUGAAAAACUGGCAUAUCCGACUAGUUGAAAUGUCUGCCACUCACCCACCUCAGCAUGUUGUGAACAAAUUGUUGAGUGAAGUUGUAUCACGGACACAGCCAUUAAACAAUGAUCCUAGCUCCCUGACUCCUGAUGCUCAGGCAAAAGGUGAGUUUAGUGUCAUUGUUUUGCAAUAAUUUAUCAAAUUUCACUCCUUUGGUCUGAAAUUUUCAACAAGGGAUAAUCAUUCACUACUUAGCAGUAUAUUCAAAAGAAUUUGGUCAUGUCCCACAGCUGGGUUGUUCAAAGCUGGGUCAAGAUAACCCAGGAUUAGUGUGAAAUCUGAUUUUAGAUCUGAAAGCUUUGAAAGAAAAUUCAAUAUAACUCUUUUUGUUCACAAUUUAAUGAUUGAAUGUUCUUAAAAGAGUAGAGAAAAUUAUCCCAAAAAAGGCUUUAGAACAUAGGAAUAAAGAAACGUGGACUUGAUUUAAGCCUGGGUUGGCACCAGUCAGUCUUCAAACAACUGGGCCCAAAACAAUAUCCCCCAGUGUGAUGUCAAGCUCAAUUCUCGUUAUUCGUACAUGUACAUUUGAUAGUAUAUGAAGACUGCACUCCUGAUUAAACUACUGAUUAAAUCUUUCCUGGGGCCUUUGGAUAUUCAAAAAUUUUAGCUUUUGAUGAAGUAGGUGAUGUAUUUGUUAUAAUUCCCUGUUAGGUUCUGCACCUUGGUUUGAAGCUUUCCGAGACUGUUUUUUUCAGUUGGUGAAACCGUCUGAUCAUGAGUUUAUCAGACACUUUCUGGCUUGUAUCUUUUCAAGGAAAUGUUUUUGUUAUAUCUGUGGUAUUGGCUAAUGUGUUGAUUAUGUAGUUGGAUUUUUGUCAUUAAUAAAUGCACAAUGUAUACAAGUAUUUUUUGUGAUUAUCUGAUUACAGUGCAUGGUCUUUUCUGAGAUAUCUGGUCAUUACAUCUGUAUAAAUGGCUGCAGUGUAUAAGCUGCUAUAUACUCCCAGCCUUUUAUAACAGUCAUAUCUGUGAUAGUAAUAGUCUACUUCUUUUUUUACCUUAAUUGAGGAUAGAGAUUAAAACUCUUUUGCUGAAAUUGCUGCCCAAAAAAUACAUAUAUUAUAAAUAUGUGGAAUUAAUUAAUUCUUUUUUUAUGUGAAUUUCAAUCUAGUAACCUGUUGUAGUGUACACUUAGUAGUGUAGUGUAGUGUUUUUUUGUACAUAAUCAUAUCCUUUUGCAAUUGAAAUUAAUUUCCUUGAUUGGUUAUGCUACCAAAGGCCUGAUAGUUGUUUCUUCUCAUCAUCCUGAUCCUAUGAAUGCUUUUGCAACCAUGAGCUCACAGCAAAUAGAACAACAAUCUGACCAACAUGGCCAUUUCAAGUGGUUCACCAACACGGUGUUUAAAUACCAUCUUUUGUUACAUGAUGUUAGUGUUGGUGAAGAGUCAAAGUAAGAACUUCUUAUUCUGGUUGUUCAUUUUGUUUUUGAAUUUGUAUUAUUUUGUUAAGAUACAUGUAUCUUAUUUGUGAUCCUCUUUUCUAUAGCAAUGCACUUUUUUCUAAAUUGUUGAGGGAAUUUGUUGUUGUAUCAAUAUACACCACUGAAAAGUUGGUCUACGCUAAUCACCAUUUUGUUGGAUAAGGCCAAUUUCAGUUUCCAGGAUUGCCUUGAUUUAGCUUUUCUUCACAAUGAGAUUGGUCAAGUAAACGUUUGUCAUUUCCUCAACUGAAAUUAAAUUCAAAACUGAAAACAAUAACCACUUCCUUGCUUCCAUUUUCCCUUGCCAAGUCAGUUUGCCUGCUUAUGCUUUGAAGUCUCAUCCAAUGCUUGUGAUGUAAUUGGCAAUAAUUACUUUAGUUUUGGUUAUAUGACACUGAAUCCAGAAGCACUUUAUUGUGAUUCUGUAGGAAGAAGUUACUUACUGGCUAGUUCUGAUCAUUCGGUGAUAUAUUAUCUAAAUAAAAUCCCAUAGUUGAUGAUUUCUUUAUUCACAUUACCUGUGUGUGUUUGAAAGUGCCUUAACCAUUUAACUCCCAAUAUCCAAUAAGUACAGUGUAAUUCUCUCCACUGACUACCAUGAAUUUCCAGCUUGUAAAUCAGACAGGAGAUUCUGCUGUUUUGUCAGGAUAAAGCCUUGUUGUUGAUAAACUUGUAUUUCUUAUAAACUGUUUUUAAGACAAUAUAUUGUGGGUGCUCAAGGGUGAAAUUUUAAGAAAAAUGUUAUACUUCAUAUGCAUUCACCUCUGGGUUUGAAAGGGUUAAACAUAUCAAAUGUUGUGCAAAUUUGCUUUUAUGAAAGCUUUUCAAAGCUGAGCACUCCAUAUUUUUAAGACAAGAGCCUUAAGGAACCUACUGAUUGUUUCCAAAGAGGACAGUUUCAGGUAAUUACUAAUCUUGCAUUGUCUUUUGAUGUUUCACAGGGCAGAAUCAAUUUACCAGAGUAUGAAGUCUGUCUAUGGUACAAAUGCCUGCCAUAUGCUACAGAUCAACUCUGUCAGUAAUAGUGGUUCCAAUCCUCUUCCAAAUCUUCCUGAUCCAUGGAGUCAAUUCAUAAUUCCAACUAGUGAGGACACAUUGGUGAGCCUUUUGAUGUUCUGUUCCUCACUUACACUGUCUGGCUGACAUGUUUGUUUAUACAGUAUACUAUUGCAGGUGGGAAAUUUGGGUGUAAAACAGAGGAGGACAGACCCAUGAAGCUUGAACAAGUAUUCUCAUUUAUCAGUCCAAACUAGAAACAUUUAAAACAAUAAAUUACUAAAAAGGGGAAAAAAAGUCAAAUACUAAUCUUACUCCUUUCCGGACUCAAAAUGCACCACUUGGUUGACAUACUAAAGGAAACUAAAACACAUGUCCAAGAAUAUAGAAUUAUUACAUGAUGCUGGGCAAUGAAGCAUGAUGAAACAUGCCAUAGGCACAUUGUUGCUGUAAUAGUUUAGGUCAAGCCUCUGACUCUACUGGAGUUUUUUUUAUGCUGUGAAGUCUUUUAGAGAUAUUUUCCAUUCACCCACUAUGAUUUUAUGCUUUUGUACAAUGCAAUUCCAAUACCACAUUUGUUGCAUCAUACCAUCACAAUUCAUUGAUCUUACAUGCUAACUGAAUGGUAAUUUCCCCUAGGACUGGGAUGAUGAUGAAGUGGAUGCCAAUGCACAGUCUGUAGAAGAUGACCCUGAGAAUUGUGCUGUUGAUGAAAACUUUGAUCCCGAGGCAGCAAUUCAUGAGCAGACUGAUGGAGGACGGGUACGCAGGAGCUCAGGACCAAUUCUGAUUGAUCCUUUGAGAUUUGAUGACAGUGCUGAGAUUGAGGAUGACUUGGAGAAUGAAAAACUAUCAAAACAUCUUCCUGGCAAACAUAGUGAGAAACACCAUCAUCAUCUUGCCAGUCAUUACCGUUACUUUUCCAGUCGGCAGUUCUCUGGUGGAACAAGAGGCCCAACAGCUCAAAGAAAUCAUGGAUUGUGCUUGAGUCUGAGUGAUCAUGACAGGAUCAAGAUAUUCAUUCAUGAGUUGGGUUAUAGAGGACUCCUCCAGUAUAUUGAGAAACUUAUGAGAUAUCUUAAUGAUCAGGUAACAUUUUAUUAUUAGCUAAUCAAAGACAAUAUUUUUAUAGUGUAAAUUCUCUACCACUGAGCUCUUGUCUCCAUGCAUCUCUCUUACCCUUCAACCCUUAGGAGCAGCUAGCAUCUAAUCUCUUUUUACACAGUUACUACUGAAUCAAGAACAAAGACUAUGAGAAUACAAGAAAUGACCAUCAAGUAAAGAAGCUGUUUAAUAUUAAACAAAUUCUUGUUGAUAUCAAAGGAAACAAAAUUUCAAUCAGAUUUUUUAAGGGGCUAUGAGGAAAUUUUGUUUGUUUUUGUCUGGUGCACCAUUCUUAAUCUCAUCAAGCCUAGGUACUCAGUAUUCUCCCUUAUUUUAUGCAUGGCAGGUAAAAUAAAUUUUCAAAGUGGUAAAGCAAUCCUUUUACCUGUUGAAUUUUCAAGAAUUCCAAGCAAUUUUAAAUGGUAAUAAGAGUUACUACAGGUGGUAAAUGUUACUUGUUACUGCCUGAAAAGGAGAACACUGGGUACUUUAGUCAUUAGUAUUUUUUCAUUUUAUAUUUAUAUAUUAUGUUACACACCCAUAGUACCUUAACGGAUAGGAAACACAUGAAAAACAACUCUUUUCAUUUUUUGUCCCUCUCUUAUUUUCAAGGGAACAGUAUCUCUAUGGGAAUUUUCUUAUAAUUUAAACUUUUUGUUUCAUCUGAUCAGAUUGUCUCGCGUAAAGGUCUCCAUCGCUCAUUCUUCAGUGCAACAAAGAAGUGGUUUGGUGGAGGAAAACCAGCUGGAAUGGCAUCUGGUUUGGUUCCAGGAAUCAUGUAAGCAUUUGUAUUUAUACAUGUAUGCAUGUGUAACAUGCAGUCAAUUCUUGUCCAGUGAAACCCUGAUCUGCUUUGAACAGAACUCAAUAAAUCCUCAGCCAAAACUUCUUACAGCUGUAGGUGUAUGAUGAUGACUGUUAAGUUCUUCAACUUUUCGUGCUAUUUUUUUAGGAGAUUUGUGGUACAUGGUAGCUGGAGGGUCACAGGGUCAUUGGAUUUAUUUCUGUGAUGUUAUAUGCUCUAAAAAAAGAACAUUGAAUUAUAUUGUUUUUGUGUGUGAAUUCACAGUCAGUGACAUUUACACACUUCUUCCCCGUAUGUCAUUUCAAUCCAUUUUCACCUCAGAGCCAUAUGAAGUCCAUUUUGAUUGCCAUCGUGUUCUUACAAGUUCUGCUGUGCAUUUCCAUUUCAUCUUUCAGAUACAGUAAUGAUUCCCCCGAGCUAUUCCAACGUAAGCUGGGUGAUUUGGCAUUUUUGGUCCAAAACUAUGAGCUUGCAUACAACAGUUACCAUACAGCCAAGAGGGACUUCAACAAUGAACAUGCUUGGUUUUAUUUUGCUGGAGCAUUGGUUAGUGCUUUGUGUGCUAGCAGCCUUUUCCAGGCAUUCAGUUGAUAAAACCAAGUGCAAUAUUAAACAGUUUGAAAGUAACAGAGGGGUUAAAAAAAUGGUGGAGGUUUGGGUCCAACCAUGUGACUUGAUCAAGUCACGCAAACCUCCCGCUUUUUCUGCUGCUAUUGCGUUGUUUUAUUAACUGAACAUCUGUGACAGGCUUGCAUGCUGGUAUCUUUAUACUCUCUUAACAAAUGACAAUCCUUGAAGACCUCUCUCUGCAGCUAAUAAUGAAUUUUUUACUCUGAUAAUAAAAUGUACAGUUUUGCAGCAGGGCCUGUACAAUGUAAUGCUAUAGACAUUUUGUAAUAAUUCUGUUUAGGAAAUGGCAGCCAUCUCAGCUUUUAUGGCAUCAAAUAAUCGUCCUUUUCCAACACACUACAUGGAAACAUCAAUCACCACCUAUCUCAAUGCAUGCAGGUACAUAUUUUGCUUUUCUAAACUGAUAUAGUUCCUUGAUCAGAUAGGAUAAAUGAAAACCUCCUGUAGAUUGAUUAGUGGGAAACUCUAUCUAGGGCUCAAAUGGCUACACAGUGAAUGACAAAGAUUGCUCUGUCAAUGCUCCUCUAUUAUUUAACUAUUUAAGUCAGGGAAUAAUGUUAUUCACUCUUUGAGGGACUGGAGCAAAGUCUUUGUUUGUAAGUUCUGUUGAAAGGUUUGAAACUGAACAAAUUUUACUUCUCAGAGAAAGAGUAAACGUAUCUUAUUGUAUAUUGCGUUAAUUCUAACAUGUGAGUUCAUUAUUAGUUCUCAUGUGAGAUCUGACAGAAGAGAGAUGAAUAAAGAACUUUUUAGUCUAUGUGAAUUGUAUUGUGUAUAUAAAAGAAGCAUUUUCCACAUUCUGUUUCCCCCCACCUGUGAAGUAGCAGAUCACAAAAAAAAAAUUUGUUUAAUCCUAUUAUUUAAUUAAAUUAAUUUGUCAUUCUAUAGACAGCACCAGUUUGCUAUUAGAGCCACCCUCCUCAGUGCUGAAACUCUCAAGGCACGAAAUAUUUACCUUGACGCCGCCAUGCAGUUCAUGCGAAUGACUGCUGAGGUAAAAAAAAUUUCUUAUAGAAACGCUUUGUUGCAGGUAUAUUGAAUUGUCAGACAAAAGCAUUAGUUACGGCUAGAGACUGAAUAUGUAGUUAAUGACCUUGGUUUAUCAGAUGUGAUGCUCCUCACCCUCUUAGUCCUACACGUGAUUAAUAAGUAACUUCUCUCUACAUCUUACAUAUUUUACCCAGCAGACAAGUGAUGAGAAUACUCAAACUUAUCAAGUAGAAGUUGUUAUCUUGAUCUAACACCAAAUUCUCAAAACUGUUUUACAAUGAAAUGUGUAGCAGCUAGAGGGGAGAAUGGACAAUCAGACCUUGGAAGUUAAAGGGUUAACCAGCUUUGGUUUUGUUGCAUAAAAAGGUGAAACGACUUUUAGGUUUCUCAAGGAAUUGAAAGGUUUUUACUCUGAUCCCUCUCUGUGUCCCGUGCAACGUUUUCCUUAUUUUUGUUUCCUUUACAGGAUUCUGAUCUUCUGUGUGCUUUGUUUUUGGAGCAAGCAGCGCAUUGUUUUCUUCACAGCAAUCCACCCAUGAUUCGCAAGUAUGCUUUUAACAUGAUCUUGGCUGGUCAUCGUUACAGCAAAUCUGCGCAGGUACGGCUCGGUGGAGAAAUAUAUUCAUACUCCCUGUCGCUUCGUGCUAAGGAAACCGGAAUGAGUUCAAGAUGAAUGGGCCACCUGACUCGAUACAGACUUAACCUUGUGAUAUUUUUCUCAUUACCGAUCUGGAUUUUUUUCAAGCAUUUCGGAGUUGCUGAUUUAAAUAACUGGACUGAUAUAUAUGUUUUUUUUAAUAUUUUUGUUUCCUUUGCCUUUUCAGAGAAAGCAUUCCUUGAGAUGUUAUCGGCAAGCUCUUUACGUAUACAAUGAAAAGUCAUGGCACCUUGCAGAGGUUGGAAAUUACUAUGUCCAGUCAAGAUAAAUUACCUAUACACAAUGUAUUUUAGGAGAAACUUCUUUAUUUUUUAACCCUUUAACUCCCUAGAGUGACUAAGAGAGAAUUUCUCCUUACAAUAUCAAUACAAUACAAUACAAAAUCAAGCAGAAAAGUGAUGAGAAUAAAAAAAAACUAUCGAUUUUGGGGAUAACUAGUUGAUCCAAUACUAAAUUCUCUGCACUAACCUCAUAAGAAUUGUAUGGUUGACAGUAAGGAGAAUUACAAAUUUGGUCAUGGAGUUAAAGGGUUAAAUCAGUGCCGUUUUCAAUUGAGUGUUGGAAGUAACCCAGGAUUGCAUUGGUUUUGCUUUCCUUUGCUUUGCUCUCUGAUUAGUCCUGAAAACUCGCGCCACUUUCCCAACCAAUCAGAUUUAAAAUAAGACACCAAUCGCGACCCAGUCUCUCGCGUUUUCCCGCACUUGAAGCUGUUUGCUGGAUUUUACUUAGAGUUGCUAUUGGCUGCAGAUAAAGAUUUCCUUUUAUCUGGUGGCCAUUCUGACUACCUUGCUUUGGUUUAAAAACACUAACGAAAAGUGCUCUAAAAGUUUAUGACGAUUUGUCAGGAAUUGCAAGAAGACAAGCAAGGGAUAAUUCGUUUACGUUGUGAAAAAAGUUACUACCUCUACGUGAAUUUGAUCACUGAACUAAAAGUUGCGAACUUCCUUUUGCAGGACCACAUCAACUUCACUAUCGGUCGCCAGUCAUUUAAUCUUCGUUUGUUGGAGGAUGCUCAAUCAUUUUUUAGACAACUGUUGGAGUACGAAAGCUCUCAAGCACCAGAACAACAGGCGUCCUACCUCAGAGAAUUCCUCUUUGUUUUUAAGGUACAUGCAUUUUGUAUGGAACAAAUCAACCGCUUCACGGCCACCCACUAAUUUUGAGAGCCCGUGUUAAGAACUCAAUGAGAGCCUGCUGCGGCCUGCAAGGAUUACACCUUUCCAUUGAGUUCUAUGCAUUACAAGAUAAUUUGGCUUUAUCAACUAAGUUGAGAAAAUGAAUUGGCCACCAAAAAGAGUUUCUAAAUAGGUUUCUAGCUUAGAAACUCUUUGCAGAAGGCAAUUUGCUUUAUCAAACCCAUUAAUAAAAUCAAAUUAUCUUGUAAUGCCUCUUCUCCCCCUUCCACCCCUCCCACUAUCGCAGCGCCACUGUUUCUUAACCCUUUAAAUAGAGUGACUAUCAUCUAAUUUCUCCUUACAAUAUCACCCUUGAAUCACUCAUAAAGGUUACGAGAAUAAAAGAAAUGAUCCACAACUUAGGAAUCUCUUGAUUGUUAGACAAAUUCUCCUUGUCAGCACCCUACAAAAUGUACUGACAACAGUAUGGAGAAUAUGCAUACUGACCUUAGGGUGUCAAGGGCUGAGAAACUUACCCCCUUUAUUCUAUGUACGUCCGUUGGUUACAUGGGACAAGUAGUUUUCGUUGUCUUAAAUGUAUGCCAAUAUGUUAAGUUUUUGAUGUCAUUCUUUUUCCUGGCCUUUCUUUCAGCAACUAAAGGAUAUCAAAGUAAAAGAGAAGGCACAAGUGAAUAAGCUUCCUGUUUUACCUUUACCCUUAAUUGUCCACGAUUCAACGAAGGUUAUACCAUGUUAUCGACACAACAGUCUUCAAGGAAAACAACCUGAAAGGACACCUGUGAACAGUACAUUCGAAACAAAGGACAAUUUUUUUAAUCAAAAAUUCAGUGCUAAUGAUGAGUUAAUCAAAAAUAGCAACUGGACUUCUGUUGGACAAACUUCUUUUGAUGAUAAAUUUAAUCAUACAUUGGCUCAGAGGUGGAUUAAACUACAGCAAGAAGCGUAUGAGAGUAUCAAUAUGACCACUUUUCCUCCUUCGUUUCGAUGCCAAACGCCGUGUUUAAGCUCAAAGACUGAUAACAGAGCGAGGCCUCUUGGUGUUGUUAACGGUAUGUAAAAGUUUUUGCAUCCUAGAUCUGAUACAGUAAGGGAGGUUUUUGCUGAAACCGUAAUGUUUUUACCUCCACCAUUGCAAACUAUGAAUAAUGAUGACAUCAUGGGAGUUUUAAGAUUCCAGAGAGUAACUUGACUUUUAAAACUGUUUUCGAAUGUACUAAAAAUUCCACUUCGUACGCCGCCAUUUUCAAUAUUACCUAGCAACCUGGCCGCAUACCCUAGGUUUUACAGAGUUUCACUUUUUCUUCUAUCUUUUGGCGAAAUGUCAGCCAUAUCCUUCUAAUUACUUAAGUCUUGAAUUUGGUGCAGUGUGCAGAUAUUUAGCUUUCAACUGUGCUGUUAUUAUUUUGCCAUUUCAGAGACUGUUGGAGUAGAAGUUGUUCUUAAAAAUCCCCUCAAGAUUCCAUUAAACCUGACAAAUCUUUUGUUAUUAUGGGAAUUCACCCCUGAAGGUCUAGAAGAUAGCGUCUCAAAUGAGGUUAGCGAUAGUAAAUCACAAAGAGGAAACUUUCCAAUUAUUUCAAUACUAGAGUAGAACAGGUGGUACAUUUACGUAUAUCGGCAAACGGAAAAAAUUUAACCUCUUCCCGUCUGCCUUAAGUUGUUUGCACUUCAAAGAGAAAAAACCUGGAUUUACCUUGAACAGAAGGUUUUUUUUUUUUAAAUUUUCCCAAAUUGCUGAUGAGAGGAAAAUUGCCGUAAACGUUUAACUGCCUAACAAAUUUAUACGUGCGUUAAUAUUCUGUUGUAGUUUUCACCAUUGGAAGAUGUGGUCAAAACGGAAAUAAUCAAGAAUUUUGAUAUCAGUGGAAAUGAAACAAAAGCUGUAAGUAAAAUAAAGAAGGAUGAAUCCAGCUAUCCUCAUAUAAUCACUUGAGGUAUUGUGAAUUUUUUGAGUAACGUUGAACCAAACAGUUCUUUUUGUGAACAAUGUCAAGAAAGCCAACAUUUAUUAACUUACUUAAGAAGAAAUUUAAAGAACUGUUAAUAUUUUACACCGGCGACUGAAGUCAAAUCUCGGCGUUUAAAUAACCCGCCCAUGGUAACUGAAAAAUUGCGCUGUGUUCCUACAGGCCCGUCUUACUGUGAUUCCGUGUCAGACGGGGCGACUACAUAUCACAGGAAUUAAAUACAGCUUGACUAGUGCCGCCGUCAAUGGACCAGUUGAAGAGAAAAUCUCCGUCCCACCGGGGUUGAACCCAGCUCUGUCAGACAUUAGCAUGCAGGGGAGGUUAGACUUUGAUCAGAGAGGUCCUCGACUUAAUAACACCAAGGCAGAAAAGACGAGUGUCAUCUAUGGUCCAGACUAUCGUCUUACCUUGGAUGUUGUAUCGCCUAUGCCGUUGCUUGAGGUAAAAAACAUAAUCCGCGCUUACACCAUAUGCAGAGCAAUUCUUGAAUUUUGUAUCGGGAUUAAUUUGGGUUUGGAUUUGCUUUUUGUUUUCUGAGCGUUGUGAUUGGUGUGGGAACCUAAACAGACGACAGUAGAACGCCAGUAACUGGCUUUUACUGAAACCGCUGUGUAUAUGUUGUAUCAUGAUCACCAAGAGCGUGCGGCACUCGAGUUUCAAAAUUCUGUCCGGACAUUUUCACAAUCGUGCUAUACUUGCAGUAGAAUCGAUUCAAAACUUUUUCGGAGUAAUUUUACGAGAUAACACUUUUUUCAUCAGGUUCGGUUCUCUGGAUUUGCUAACAAACUGCUUUGUAACGAAGUGGUCCAAACCAUGGCAGAGUUCACUAACUGUAGUGAGUGUCACCUUGAAAACCUCUACAUUGCCACACCCAACCCCGAGUUCUUCACCUUUGGAGUCACAGGACAUAUGGCGGUGAAUGUGAAAUGCAGCUCAGCUGCGAGCGAUGUCAGAAGAGUCUCCCAAGUUCCCAUUCCGGGAGGUAGACUACCGCCUGGUCAUACGACCAAGCUACCUGUUUGGAUUCAAGGUCAUGGCAAACCUGGCAGAUUCAAACGAGAAAUGUUGUUUUACUACCAGUCUGCAGGCAUCAAAUCUGCAAUGAGGUAAUGCAAUGUAGCUAAGCAGUGCAGUUUACAAUUGAGUGUCAAAAGUAAUCGGGGAUUGUAAUGGCUUCUCUUUACUUCACCUUGUGGUCGGUCUAGAAAACUCACUCCACCUUCUCACCUCGUGCCACCUUCAGUUGCAAACUAAAACCAUUGGUGACUUGGUCACCGUCUUUUUCCCGCGCUUUAGAAAGUUUGCUUAUUUAAGGGUUCCUUUUGGUUUUUUAUGAUAUUUUCCUUUGUUCUGAUUGGACGGCUUUGAUUCACGUGAUAUUGGUUUGGUAUUGCGACACUGACGCAAUCGAAAUGCACUCCACGAUUUUGUAACAUUACUCAGGAAAAGAUAGUUAUUGCGGUUUUGUCUUCCAUCUGUGAAUUUGUGGUUGGGUCUGGUGAUGAGCGUUUACUUGAACCUUUGUCUUGCAGUUAUCGAGUGCUUCAACAUGCCUUUGACGUAACCACGAAUAGUUCUGUUGCUGUGCGCGCCACGGCCAGGCGGAACAGACACUCCGUCUCUCAACCAAGGUACGUUACUGACGAUGCUUGUUUGAGAAGUGAAUUUUUUAAUGAGAUCUACUGAUUUUACAGUGCAGAGAUGCGGUAAACAAAUAACGCAUUUUAUUAAAGACUUAAUAGGUAUGCUUACUUUUGUCUCUUUAAGUUCUGAAGAUCAGAAUCAGUUGGUUAUUGCUUUGGAUGUGGAAAGUCUUGUACAGGUCAGUGGGCUACGACUUUUCAAGUUAUCAGUACGUCUUGGGCCAGGCGUGCAGUCGAUUUUCGCUGUAUUUUUUCGUGUGGUUUAAAUGAAAAUGAAGUUAGCAUUGAGUAAUUCCUUUUUUGUUUUUGUUUCGAGUACGGGAGCAAAGCGAACAAUUUCUCACGGGGGCAGCCAAUGACAAGGCAGGGUUCUCCCGCGGAGCAAGCCUUGUAGUAGCCGUACAUAACUAUCACUUUGUUGCUUGUAAACUUUACAGGGUGAAGUAGCUAGAAAACACGCGGUAUUCUCCAUCGUUCAAGUAUCUUGUGCAAGCAGGAAGUGGACUUUGCAGCCUCUCAGCCACCACAAUGCAGGUAACCAAACCAUUCUUGACAUGUUUAGUUGUUUGAGUUGCAUCUCAAUUCUUUACGAGCAGGUUUUCCUUGGCAAUUUUUCUCCUGACAAAGGUGCUUGUGAAAAGAACGGACGAGUUAUGUAAACUAACUAAGAAAAAUGUGUUGUCGCAAGUUUUUCUUCGCUGUUGCAUGAACCGAACAUCUUUGUUGCUGACAAGUGUUUUUAUGAAGGGAACUGUCCUGUGAAAAUGCAGCUUCAGUUAAGCUGUUCGUUUUGAUUUUUUCAAUUAUCUCUGUUCAGUCCUGUCGACCGCCAUUGCCCAAGUGUCAUUGAAAGUUAUCUUCACGACGUAACCUUAGCAAUGUCUUGUUAUUUUUUUUUUUAAUCAGAUGGUGCUAUUGAAGUACGAUAUGCCGAAACAGUAAUUGUCCAGUUCAAAGCAACAAAGCACAGCGGUAAAUACCAAGAAUUAUUGUCGGAAGUUGCACGCCUCAAAAGCUCUGUUUGAAAAUAGCUCGCUUUAGUGCAAUUUCCAGUAUAUGUUUAAAGUAAACCGAGAUGCAUAGCCCUUGCUCAGUCACAACAAUUCUGUGAUAUUACUCGCGCUAUCCUGUCGGCCAAUCAGAUGGAGAGCUUUUCUAACAAUCAAUUGCAACUUAGUUCCUCGCGUUUUCUGCUCCUUUUAUUCUGUAAUUGCCUGGGGUUUGAUUUUACGCCGCUCGUUUAGACUUGUUCCAGUUUCCUUCAGCUCAUUAUAUUUUAGGCAGCCUGAACCGGCCUUAGUAAAUAUUUAAGAUGGAUGGUAAAUUUUGAGCUCAGUCAUGAAAUACCAAAAAAAAAAAGUCUUUUCGUGUUGUCAUGAACGUCGAACAAAGGAAAAAUUUGCGUUUCCGACAAGAAUCGGUCCUCAGACUUUCGGAAUCCGUGCCUCGAUGCAUGACCACUGAGCUACAGAGAACUCUGGUGAAUUAGGCCAUUUCAAGGUUUACAUGUGACAAACGUCCUGCAUACUGCUACUGAGGAUCGGAAUUGUCAAAAGCGUUGUGUUAGUAAAUUGCUCAUAUAGAUAGUAUAUAGUGGUAGCCUAACUUUCUUUGACCCGCACAUUCAACAAGACGAGCGACAUCUUUCCUUUUAAAGCCUGCAUUCGCCAGGCAACAAUUCUCCGCGCUCGGUUUUUUUAACUAAUCAAAUAAUAUGCUUCAGUUAUGGUUACAUUUCAAUGUCUGUUUGUCUUUGUGUUUUGUUCACUUCAGGUGCUUCUGAUUCUUCAGAUGAACUCCAUUUCAGCCACGUUUGCUUCGUUGAAAAUGAGGUAGGAGCGAUGGAUUGAACAAAGUAUUGAAAGACAGGACAGAAACGAACGACAAAACAUAGGAAAGAAAAAGAUAAAUGAAAGGCAAAACAAAACACCCAUGUAAAACGCAUUAGGCUUGACCUUUACGCUCACUUCUGAUCCUCCUAGAACGGCGAUAUGAGCUAUAAUGUACAUUUGCCUCUAUUAUCUUAGCCUGUAAAUUUUAUUGCCUUCUAGCACCUAGCAGUGACUUCCAUGCAAGUUCUUUUAAUAUACUGUCCAACAAACCGGUAACGGAGACGAGGAAAACUUCUCGGGGUGUUUUCUUGAUUUGAAAUAAAAUUUCUUUGACUAUUAUUAAAGAAAAUGUAUUGCGGCCGAAAUGGGAAUUAUUGAUCAGAACUUGGGUGUUCAAGGGUCAAUAUGUUGUGAGUCAUUUAGUCCUCUUGGCAAGGUUUGAAAUCCUCAUGAAAACCUCAUGGAUCAGUGGGUCGUUUAUUCGUCUAAGCUUGCUUUCCUUGUCGUGUAUUUAGUCGGUCACAUUGACAUCUUUUCUUUCACACGAUAGUUUAUAUGAUUAACGAUUAUUGUUCGUCAAUUUGCAGAUCGCUGCCUCGUGUUCUCCAGCCGUUGACUUCUUCUUCAGAUCAGAGGCCUGGAAAGAGCAGAAACAAUUCGCCAAGAAGCUUGACUCUGCGAGUGUUGACGACACUUCACAAGUGGAUAUUGGUUUGAUUGUGUUCUGGCAGGUGAGGCUUGUUAAUAUCAACUUUCUGGUGCAAUUUUUGUAGCAUGAAUGGGCUACUCGUAAUGCUACUCCACUGGUGAGGAAUUCUGUUGUAUAGCAGCCUUUCUACAUCACACACCCCCCCCCCCCAACUGCUAGUUUUUUCUCACUAUUUCCCUAUGCCUUUUUAUAUCCGCGGGUCGAGAGAGGCGCGGAGAGACUUUUCACCCAAGGACACAACAUGAAAUACCCAGUUAGGGGUCGAACCGAGGCCCUUCGAUACAUAGUCAGGCGCGGGUGAUGUACAAAUGGUUCUGAAAACUAAUUAACACUUAGAGAGCGCGACAUAUGGAACAGCCAAACUGAAUUGCGCCGGCAUCAUCGCUUAAGAAGGGCUCAGUUCGUCUUAUUUUAUGUAUUGUGUCCGAUCUCGAUGCUAGAGAAGAGGUUUACUUGCUAUCUGGCUUAGCUGGCACAUGCGCCGUUUUAGAGAUGAUUGGGAUGAAAGUAAAGCGUUUGAUGAUCAUAAUUCACCCUUGCUUUUUUUCUCAUUAUUAUUUCUCAGACUUCAUAUAUAGACAAGGACUUUCAAAAGCAAAUGGUUAAUGGACAGAGUCACGUAAAUAUCAACAGAUUGGCGGAAACAGUGUCAGCUGUCACAAAACCACUGGUAAGGAAGCUGGUAUUCCUACCCAUUCUCUUCUGUUUUGUCCUUUAUCUUUUAUUCUUCCUUUUUACUCACCUUUUUAUCUCCUUUGCGUCUCUGAUCUUUCAUCAACAAAGUUACGAUUACUGCCAUGAUUUUCUCGUUUUAAUAUUCAUACCAGUCACCUUUUUAUCUUCGUUCGUGUCCAAUCUUCCAUCCACGAUGUAAGGGUUGUAGCCAUAAUUUUCUAUUUUUUAUAUCCCUGGUAGUCUUUAACAUUUUCAUGUGCUCACUCAGGUACCGCCGUUCAAUUCCUCUUCUCUUGAAACGACGUCACAAGGUGACACGGAUAGCGUUAGUAACUCAGAACUACUUGUCAAGUAUUCCUUGCGGCAUCCUGCAUCGCUCCAAGUCGAUUUUUCCUCUAGCAGGUAAGGGAAUAUUCCUUGUUAGGAGCUUUAUAUUUUCCUUUGUGUCAUGGAUUAAAGAAACAAAAGAAAAACAACAACAACAACAAAAAUCGGAAUCCGUGCACCGAUGCUCGAUCACUGAGCUACUGAGAACUCUAUGGUGAGUUAGGCCAUUUCAAGGUUCACGUGUGACAAACGUUCUGUUUCAUGCGAUCCUCGCCUGUCCAGCCUUGAAUAGUUUUCCGACUUUAUUCGGAUUCCGCGGCCAAGAAUCGUGAAUCGUAUUCUGUAGCCUAUGAGUGACCAAGACAGAAUUUCUAAUUACAAUAUAGAAUAGAGAAAAAUAUAGAUUAUGAGAUUUAAGAUCAAACUCUCCGAACUAACGUCACAAGAUAUGUAUGGGAGUCGAAAAGGAGAAUUACUAAUGAGAUCUUGGAAGUGAAAUGUUGAACACAUUCCAUAGACUUUUGUUAUUGGUUAACUUCAUCGAGCAUAUAGGAACAUGCCAACAGUAAAGUGGAGAAAAGAGAAAAAUGAGUUAAUUAUCAAGACAGAGAAGUAAAACAUAGAUACGUAGCAUCAUUGGGCAGAAUGAUUCAUUCUCUGGAACUUUUUUAUUUUAUUUAUUUUUUCAGGUUGGCGCGUGUUGUGGUGGAGCUGUCGUUACACAACUGUUGUUCAACAACCGUCGACGUGUUUGUGGAGCUGGUCCCAAGGUUUGUUCAGUUCGGUUUACUUACAUUGAAUUAUUUGAAUCUCUUAUGUUUUUCCUGAUUUUUCCGUUUAACAAGUGGGCAGAAAAAUUGCUGAUACUCCUUAUCGCUUUAUGAUAUUACAACGUUCAUAAGCUUCGAUAUGAUAGGCAUGUUCUUUUUGUCGUCUGACUCUGUUUACAUCAUCCCUCCACAAAAAUUCUGUUUCAUUUUUCUCCUCGCAGUGUCGGAAACUCCUCAUCAGUGUCAGAAGGUGAAUCGAGCAAUUCCACAAACAAUACCGUUUCCUUCGACAAGGAUACAGAAUCUACGUCAUCUCCUAGCUCAUUCACUUGGGUUGGACAGACAUCGAGAAGAUUUCAAUUAGACCCGAACGGAACUUCGAUGUUAAAAUUCAACGCCCUGGUAUCGCUUCCCGGCGUCUAUAACAUGAACAAUUUGCGCGUUCUUGCGAGAAUUUCAGAUGAACACGAACCUGGGGGUGUCUUAAUUCACCAGAAACCGUGUCCACCAAGUUUUACAGUCGUGGAAAACAUUUUUAGCAAUUCUAAGGACAAAAGUUGACUUCGGAAACUUGUCUUUGAAAUUCAGUAUUACUUUAGGAAAAAUUCAGUAUACCCCGAGUGGCCAGAAUUUUCGGGGCAAUGUGUUGAGGUAGAAAAGUGUAACAGAGUAACUGUAAAUAGCUUGUAGGACAGGAGAAACAAGAAGACAGUAAUCGAUCAAAGAAGCAAUAGAUAGGUAUCAAUUCGUAUGAAUCCAGGUUAGGAAUGCAGAUCUUAAUUAUUAUUCCGUGUUUCUUCAUAGUUUUGAUGAGAUGAUACAAUACCGUGAAAAUUAUAUUUUUUAAAAAACGGUAAUAGUUAACGGCAACUCAGUGGGAACAUUUACUAUAUGCAAAGUUCAUCGAGCCAUAAUGAACCUUACAUAAACUUAUUAACAAGGAUGCUGCAUAUUUGACGGUCUCUCGUUCAGAAGCCUGGGUACAAAAACUACGGUUUCCAUGACAAUGAUUGCUUCGAAAUGUUAGGUAUGUUCGCCGCUACUAUUUUGAUAGGGAUGGUAACACUCGGAGCUGAUCGUGAAUCCGCAAGUGAUAAUGCCUUAUUCACUGGACUUUUGUUAUGUCACGUUGUGACAGAUUGUCAAGGGAACAGGAGCAUAUUGUGUAAUGAACGCAUUUACUUUGCUGCAUAGCAAAUUUCGAGGGACGCGAUGUGAGUUUGAAACUUUCACCGUCAGCUUUUAAUCGUCACUUAUGUUUGUAUCUACGUUUGUCUGGCUUUCUACUCUCAUUCUUGUGGUACUUCCAUUUUUAUCAAGGCGAGUGUUAUUUGGCCAACGACACCUGCUUUGCUUGUCAGUACAACUGCCCUACUUCGUCCCCACUAUAGAUUACGGCCAAUAUAGGGUAAUUAAAUCAACAUUUUAAAGGAAAGAGAUCAAGUGAGUGAAUCGAAAAAGCCUCAAAUGGACCACAGAAUUUUACCUUGUGGGCGACUUAUUUUUAUCUCAGAGUUACACACUUUUAAGAGAAGUGUGUAGUUUUGUUUUUCUUUUUUGAUUUUGAUAUGAACAAUCGCUCGGAAAGAACAUUUUAUUUUUUUCUGCGAGUUUCUUUCAUAUGUUUGAAGUCACGUGUAUUAAGUCGAAAGAUACGAAUUUUAUUUACUAUUAUUCAGCGCUUUAAAUGGGCAUAAAUCUUCAAAUUCUGUCAGCUCUUCCUCAAAACAUUGACUUUUUAUUUUCUAACCACGUUUAAAUCCAAGGACGAAAAAAAAGAAAUAGUCGGGAGACAUUCUUGAAACAUUUGAACAAAUGAAGAAAAUUAUUUUACUUCGUCUCUAACUCUUUGAAAAGCUGUUUGGAACAGAGCUAAAACUAGUGUGAGAAUUGGACACAUUGACGUCCUAUCUGAAAUGGAUCCCGCUUGUUUUAAUGUAAUCAGUUGUAAGUUUCAAACCGUAAUUGCAGUUGUCUUUCUGUGAACAAUGUAUCCACACUGUCUUAACUUUAAAACUAGUGCUGAUGACAUCACGAUAAUGGGGAAAACGCAUUCUUGGUGGUGACUUUGCUUGGUUAGGAUCUUAUCGACAAACCUAGCACUGCCUUUUGCAUGCAUGCAUAAAUAUGAUAUCAAGAUCGUACAAAUUUGUCAAAUGGUUGUCUAAUGGUUCUUUAUUGGUUCCACUUGAGUUUGACUGGAAAUUUUGUUAGGUGGAAAAAUUGAUAACAAUAAACUUAUAGGAACAAAGAAACAUGCCUG